GAUUCGUUAAAUGAAAUUUGGCAAUAGUCAUUUGUUGACAAAAAUUGCAUCAGAAAGAAAUUUGGAUAAAAAAUUCAUCAAAAUCAUGGCAUCCGUGAUUGCACGUUCUACCUAUUUAAGUUUUAUUUUACGGUCAUUUAAAUCUUUUCCUAAGUAUAAAUUGGAGUCUCAAACAGUUCAACCUAUUCGAUUAAAGAGGACUCAAAAUUAUGCCUCAGCUGUUGGAUUACGUCAAUAUUCAAAUCAAGCUACUGAAGAAGCUGAAACACUUAAGGAAGGGAAAAGGGAAGAGCAGUUGCCACAAGAAAAAGAGGUUGUGAGACUUCUUGAAGAAAAUGAAAAAUUUGCAGAAAAGGUUAAAGAUUUAGAGGAUAAAUACAAGCGAUCUUUAGCAGACAAUGAGAAUAUCCGAACCAGGAUGCGUCGAGAAAUCGGGGAUGCUAAACAAUACGGAAUUCAAAGUUUCGUAAAAGAUCUUGUUGAAGUGGCUGACGUCUUAGGAAAAGCAACUGAGUCAGUUCCCAAGGAAGCUCUUUCUGAAGGUAACACUCAUCUGAAAAGUUUGUUUGAAGGCCUGCAAAUGACCGAAGCCCAGUUGCAUUCAGUUUUGAAAAGACAUGGUGUUUUCCAAAUGGAUCCCAUCGGUGAAAAGUUUAACCCAAAUCACCAUGAAGCUCUUUUCGAAAUGGAGGAUUCCUCUAAGGAAGCAGGCACCGUGGGAGCGGUCACCAAAGUCGGUUAUCGAUUACAUGAACGAUGUGUACGUCCUGCAAUGGUAGGAGUUGUAAAAGCUAGUAAAUCAUAAGAUUUCGAAUUAAUAUUUGUAAAUUAUGCCACGUAGACGUUUAACAUCAACUGUGUAAAUAAUGUUGAACAAAUUAAAAUAAUGUUUUCUA